UGCGCCCGGGCGAAGUGACACCAAUUUGAUUCUAACUACGUCACUCGUCAAACAGUACACAAUUUCUCUUUUAGCAUUUGAGGCAACAUACCCCGCGUCCCGCGUCGUUCGAACCCCAAGCUCUUUACCUACAACGCUCAGCUCAACAAGACCGUCGCUAGCCACCUCCGACCAUGUCCAGUACAGAUUCAGACAGCUUUGUCGAUAUUCCUCCUUCCCUUCUCGAUCAAGCCAGCAACAUCUCAAAAGACCUGACGACAACGGGUGACGUCCCACCUCACGGAGAGAGCGAAAAGAAGCUCCCAGAUAUGCCUGACGACUGGAAACGUCCCUCUGGUCCCCGCGCUCGAUGUUUUACUACCCUCGCCUGGUUCAUUCUUGGACAGCCUGUCAAUCUUGAGGAAGUAUGGCAGGAGGUGAGAAAGGAAAACGGCUGGAAGACGUAUAACGACCGCUUGCGCCAUACUAUGGUGGGAAUCACUGUGGGCCAAGGACUGGUUACGGUCGCGGAUGUUGCAUGCUUGCUGACUCCACCCAUUCACAAUUUCGAUACCAUUAGGAGCGGGAUUUAUCCGUUGCUUCUGAUGGCGUCGGUCAUCUAUUCCAUCGUAGGACUAUGUUGCCAGUCGUUGUUUACGAUAUCCACCGUAUUUGUGGAGGUAAUUGAACUUUUCAAGGAGGAGAGAGGAUCCAAUUUGAGGGGACGCGAUGUCAUCAUCCACGUCUGUCUCUUUCGCAUGACGUCUCCUCUUCUCGCCUGGUCUUUGGCGUUGCUCACGGGCGGUCUCUCAAUCAUUGUUCUGUGCAUGAAUAGCUUUACCGCCCUUGCGGUGGUUGUCACGGUCGGCAUACUCUUAGACGCGACUUUUACGAGGGACAAGCCAAGGAUCAGGUUGUCGUGUUCAAUAUUUGGCGUUAUGUGGUUAGCCAUCAUCCUACUUUACCUCGUACAAACUCGUAAUACCCCUAGCGUUAUUUGAUGGGAUACGUGUACCCAUAUGUCCUUUUUACUACUUCUUGUAGAUGUUCAAUCGAUUUGUACGUUUCGGACCACAACCAUGAGUAAGUGUUUAGUUUCCUCCUGCCAGCCGCGUCAUUGAUAUCUUCAACGAUCUGUAACCUUCCCCCCUUCCCCUUGCUUCCACCAUGCAUACUUAUCAUGCAAUGCAUCAUUGCCACUUGUAGGCCCAUGCUCUUAGGGCAGAAAUUAUGUAUGCAUAAUGCGUGUUUGUA